UUAUGACUCUGCCUGACUGGUCUAUGUUCUUGGCGUGUUUUGCCUUUGCUUUUGGUACAGGGGCACAAGAAGGAGCCGUUGGUUUUGGAGUGUAGUUGCAAGGGUGAUGGCAAGGACUGAGAAACCCCUGUUUAGAAUCGCAUACACGCUGUACACAAGAACUAAACUGGGUUAUAUGUUCUAUAAGAGGCAGGUGAGGAAAGCCCAGCAACGCUUUCCUUCUGGCCACUCUACGGUUCAGCCAACGACUAUAAAUAAUGUGAAAAUUGUACCGAUUCCCGUAUUGACAGAUAACUACAGUUACCUGAUUAUUGACACAACAUCAAAUGCUGCUGCAGUUGUGGAUCCUGCUGAUCCAGAAAUGGUCCAGGCAUGCCUGGAGCAGGAAGGCGUGACACUGGAAGCAAUCCUAUGCACACACAAACACUGGGACCACAGUGGAGGUAAUAAAGGCCUAAGGAGGUUGCACAGCUCCUGUCGAGUUUAUGGAAAUGCCAUGGAUAACAUCCCAGGCCUCACUAAUCCUCUCUCAGACAAAGAUUCAAUAGAAAUUGGCAGGCUGCGUUUUCAGGCCUUCUUCACUCCUGGGCACACAGUUGGUCACAUGGUUUAUCUUCUUGAUGGGAAGUCCAUUGACGGUCCUUCUAGUCUGUUCUCAGGAGACCUGGUAUUCCUUUCUGGAUGUGGGCGAAUGUUUGAGGGGAAUGCCACAACAAUGUUGGCAUCGCUGGACGCUGUUGCUGCUCUGGCAGAUGAAACCCUUUUGUGGCCAGGUCACGAAUAUGCGGAAGAUAACUUGAUGUUUGCUGCUGAGGUCGAGCCCAACAACAUAGCUCAGAAAAACAAGUUCCAGCAGGUUUUACAGCAGAGAGAGGGGAAUAUGUGCACUUGCCCAUCAACUAUCCGAGAGGAGAAGGAAUACAACCCAUUCCUGCGCAGCCACUCAGCUGAGCUUCAUCAAGCUCUGGGGCUGCAGCAGGAGAUUGAGGAGGACUGGAUCAAGUUCAGAGCUAGGGUUCUUGAGGAGGUGCGCAGACGCAAGGACGUUUUUAAAGGAAGAUAGUGUUCGCCUGCUGUGACAAAAAUGAAGAAAGAAAGUCUUUCAGCAGGAUUUGUUAAGGUUGUUUUGCGGUCCAGUUCUAAUCACUAUGUUCAAAUGGACUCUGUGGAAAGCAGAUAUUAUUUGGAGUCAACUGAGCCAAGGAGGAUUUUGUUUAUAUAUAUAAAAAAAAAAAAAAAGUUGCAGAUCUUCAUCUCUGCUGGUCUAUUUUUAGAACACUUGAUCAAAUUGACCAUUCUUUGUACUGUGAAAUAUCCCACACAAUGCAACUUAGUAGAAUGGCUGUGUUGCAGGCAUAUUGUGGAAUGAAGCUUAGCAUCAAGCAAUACAGAACAUUGUGUAUUUUUUUUCUUUUAAUGUAAAACAGUUUUGUUGGAUAGUCGUGAUACAGUUUUGUAGCAGAUGAUGAAUGAUUGUGGUGCUGAUGUGCAGCACAGGCGGCCUUUACAUACACAGCCUGUUAGCCAUACUUUUCAGCAAAUGCGUUGCUAUGCAGUUCUGAUUUAGGGAAAAAAAAAAUCGGCCGUACCAAUGCAGAUUACUCAAUUCAUAGUAAUUUAGGGGAGGGGGUAUUUAAAUGUCCGUGUUUGCUUACUAAGUAGGAAAAGAACGACUCUGAAUAUCGUGAGGUGAGAUUCAUGCGUUGCCAUGAAGAUUCACGUGUUGUCAUAUAUGUUCUGAAUUACGCCGCACAUUAGCUACUUGUUUGUUUGGUUACCUUUCCAACACACACACACAUAAUUAUGUAAAAUAUAAUUUCUUCAAGUUUUACUAAGAAUUUAUAUUUGUGUGUGUGUGUGUGUUUGUGGAACAUCUAAAAGUUAAAUUUCAUUAACACUAGAACCGCCUUUUACAAUACAUGUUUUUAUUUUAAAUAUAACCUAAAAUAUUCAAUUUGUUUUUAUAUAUACAAUCCUUUUGUUCUCUCUACUGGUCCUGGCAGCCAUCAAUUCCUUCAUUUUGUACAAGGUAGGAGAAAUUUCAUCUUGAAGCUAGCCACAGCCCUUCAGCAGAAACAUUUCGAUCACAAAACUGCAAAGCUGCAGGCUGCAGCAGCUCAACCUGGAUUCUGUGCUGCGUGUGACACACAUGCAAGAUAAAUCACAAUACUUUCGUUUUAGAUUAAAAACAACUUUUGCUUUUACAGUUUUGUAUGUGCAUAUACCUGUUUACACACUCAUUUCUUUUGAAAUGUUUAUUUUAUUAUAGUUUUUCAUUUUUUUGAAGUAGUGCUUCAACUGUUGUAUUUUGGCUGUGCAGAUGUUUGAUAUGAUGUGCUUGAAUAAAACCUUUGAGUUGUA